AUACUCGUCUAAGAUAUUUUGCUACAGUUUAGUUUCUACAAAAGAGUUCUCCAGGGUUUGGAGUUUUGUCCAAGCUUUGCAGUGUAUUCCUGUUAUUAUUGGAGUGUCAACAGCAGGUUAUAUAAAUGAGACAUAUGGAAAACCGGGUUACUGGAUUUCUUUAGUACUUAUUUCAUUUGGAGGUGGUCUUCUAUCCCUCCUGCCUCCCCUGGAACAGGUUCCUAUUCAGAUUAUAGAACAGCAGGAAUAUGAGGUUGAGGAUGUGCUAAGAUGCUCGGAUUUGGCGGAUUUAGCAGAUCUAGGGGAUUUUAACAAUCUGUCAAUGUCGUGUAAUAGUAAAAUGGAAAGAUUUAUGCCAAAUGAUAGUAAAUCCUCAAGAGCUGGCAAUAUUCGACGGCUAUCCGUGUUUUCCUAUUCGGACCCGGAACGACUCUCAGACUCGUAUUACAAGACUCCUGUUGUAAUGGAGAGACAAAGCAGUGUACACUUCCACCCUGAAACCUUGUACAGCACUGCAAGCCAGGGCGAAGAUGUAAACAUAAACAACCAGUACAGUAAACCAAGCCUUCGUAUGUACAACGAUCCCGCAGAAUGGAAUGCUUCAAGAUCUAAAAAAGAGACAAGAAUUGGAGAUAAAUCAAGAAUGGGACAAGAUCCAAGAUUUGGACAAGACAAAGGGUUGGGACAUGAUACAGCAAAGGGACAUGAGACAAGAAUCGGAGUAGAAACAGGAAUGGGACACGAGAAUAGGAAUGAACAGGAAACUAUUAUUAGACAAGAGCCGUUUAUUAGACAAGAGACUAAACAAGAACAGAUGGAUGUUAAAGGACAAGAAGUUAGGCUAGGACAAGAAACAAGACUAGGACAAGAAGCAAGACUAGGACAAGAAACAAGACUAGGACAAGAAACAAGACUAGGACAAGAAACAAGACUAGGACAAGAAACAAAAUUAGGACAAGAAACAAGACUAAGACCUGAACGAAUAUCUUUUCCUCAAGAUAUUCUUGUAAUAGAUCAGAUCACUUCAACUGUUUAAAAAGGUCUGGAGUUGACCAAGUAAUACUGCCGAAGAAAAAAGUUUAAAUUUAAAUAUUAAUCUUAAUUGUAUUCACCCUAAUCAUUGUAGCGCCUGCCUAAGAAUAAUUAAAGAGACUAUAGGGGUAAUUUCAAGUGACCCAACUUUGGUAGAGUGAAUUAUUUGAUUCACAACAGUACCCUUUAAACCUUGGACUGAUC